AUGUCAAUCAUGGACGACACCACCUUCGAGGACAAGACGAUGCCCGCCGAGAACUACUUUACAACAAGCGGCGCACCCAUCAACGAUCCCGAUGACCUCCUUGCCAAUCUCGAUUCUCGUCCCCCAACAGAAACGAAUCACUACGCCGUCCUCAACGUCUCCAAAUUCGCGUCAAUUAAUGAGAUCAAGGAGGCAUACAGGCGAUUGAAUGAGGUCUUUGAUCCCGAGAAGCACAGCGACCCUGCCCUCAAGAACUCUGCAGCAGCAAAGCAGCGUGUUAUCAAGGAGGCCUUUGAUGUUUUGAGUAACCCCAAGCAGCGAGCAGAGUACGACCAGCAUGGAGACAAUGGAGCAGCCUCUAAGUGGGAUAUCGGCCACAAAGUCAAGACACCUCAAGAGACGAUGGAUGACUACGCGCGCUUGGCCAAGGAGCAGCAACAGUUGGAGCUGGAGAAUUUGGUCCGAUCAAGGAACGACAUUACUAUUCAUGUGGAUGCGACCAGAGUCUUUGAGCAUUAUCAGCCACCACCCAUUUCACCCUUCGGACGCGCCUCUACCAAGAAGCAGCGGACACCUACCGUCAUUGACUCUCUGGAGCGAACCGAUAUCAGUCAGCUGUACAUGAAGAACUCUUUUUCGACCCAGUUCGGAUCCAGGACACAGCUGAUUCUCGGAGGCGAUAUGACCUCCAGGUCGGGCACAGGCAGUGGCAGCAUCACAGGAACUAUUCGCCACAUCUACUCCGACAAGCUUUCCCUGGAGCUGGGAGCGUCAAUGUUGAGCCCUAGGGCGGCUAUCGUCAAGGGUACAUACAACGUAGAUCCGUUGACGUUUGUGGCAGGAACAGCUCAUCUGCGAGGAACUCGUGGACCAACGCCUUUGGUGAUGACCUUUGGCCGGAGGAUCACCAAGGGCACAACGGGAUAUAUGACCUACAAAACGGGAGAUUGGGCUAUUGGAUCGUGGGGACCUGCCCUUGGCGAGCGCCAAAACUAUUCUUCGAUGGCUUUGGGAAUCACUUCGACCGACGCCAAGGAUAGCUACCAGGUUGAGUUGCUUACGGGUGUGCUGCGAUCGAACCUCUUGAUGGACAGGACAUGGACUGUUGACGAAUCGACCCGCGUUCGUGUCGGAUCAAAUCUCUCGAGCACCACCGGGUUGACGGUCAGUGUUGGUGGUGACCGCAGAAUCACCCAGCACACCCGCCUCGGCUUGGCCGUUGAAGUUGCCCUCUCUGGCGGCAUCGCCUUCAACCUCAAGGUGAUGAGGUUGGGGCAGAGUGUGACGGUGCCGAUUAUGCUGUCGAACGAGUUUUCGCCAAAGUUUGCGUUCUGGGGUGCAGUGGUGCCAGUCUGCACGCUCGCGGCUCUGGAUUUGGGAUAUGUCAAGCCCAAGAGAAGAAGAGAGCGCGCACAGAAGCUUCAGGAACUUCGUCAGGUCCACGCAGAAUUCAUUGCCAACCAAAAGAAGGAGGCCGAGGAGGCUGUCAACCUGCUCAAGGACUCGACUGCCCGCAAGACCAAGCAGGAGCAGGAGAAAGAUGGACUGGUAGUGGUCGAGGCUGUCUAUGGAAACCUCAAUGCUCACAUCAUCGCUGAUGUCACUAUUGCCGUCCAGGCACUCGUCAACAACUCUCAGCUCGUCAUGCCCGGCGGUCACUCCAAGAACCACGUUCUUGGUUUCUAUGAUCCAUGUCUUGGCGAAAAGAAGCAGCUGAGGAUAAGAUACGAGUUCCAAAAGUCCAUGCAUGAAGUUGUUCUUGAUGAUCUCGAGCAUGUUGCCCUUCCCGCCCGAGCCCACCGCCUUGCAUGA